AUGAACCCUGACCCCAUCCCCGACCCAUCCUUUGACCAUCUCCAUCACGAGCUCAACCGUCUCCUUGUGGCGUGCAUGCCCGAGCGCACGCAGGACCGCACGCUGGGUCAACACUUCUCAAGACUGUUUGAGACAGGAGAUGUCGAAUGGUUGAAAAAGCGUCUACACGACAAGGGUGCACGCGGAGCUGCUGGGGUUGACGACGCUUCGUAUGGAGAUCUCAUGGCUAUCCCAAAUGCUCAGCUCCUCUACCUGUACAACGACUAUCGUAUCAUUGGCCUUGAAUGCUGCCUACUCAAGGGACUAACGCUCCUCAUAGAACGUAGAAUCCGUACCUGGGCGGCAGAGUUAAACAUCAUCCCGCGGUCGCAGAAUGGUUUCCGGCCCGGCUACCGUACUAACAACAACGCCUUCAUCUUCCGUAGCAUGGUGGAAGCAUGCCGAGCCAAGGGCCAAACGUUGUACGUUGCCGUGAUGGACCUCACGAAUGCGUUCCCCCGUACAGAUCAUGACACCCUAUGGUCCAAGCUGUAUCGCAUGGGCGCCUCAGGUCCUCUCAUUGAC